GAGAGAGAGAGAGAGAGAUUCACAGCUGUAUCUGAGGAUCAGGAUGAUUAUUUUUGCUGGAUUAUCUUUAUGAUUUUCUCUCUUACACGGAUGUGUUUUGUGUUUUUGCGAGACAUUGAUUGAAUGUCGUUGUUUUAUUUCGCUCUGUUAAUGAACAGCAGUCUGUCUGUGCGCGCGACGCGUCAUCGCUCCGGACGGACAGAAGGACGCACGCGUUUUCUCUUCGUUUCGCCCGGAUUUCAUGUUUUUAUUCUCCUCGCGUUAUUUCUUCAAGGUUUUUCUGUUGUCAAGACGAAUGAAAGCAGUAAGGCACUGAAGAUCAUCUCUCCAGCUGUCAACAUGAGCUCCUUUAGAAAUAUGACUUCAACAUGAAGAACAAUGGAAAGAUCUCACCUGAGUCCUCUGAACCACGUGAAUCAGUUCCUGUAAGAAGUUUAGUCCUGGUUUGGAUUACCAGAUUUACAAUCUCACAUCUAAGAGGAUUACAUCAACUCUGAAAGGGACGUUUGCGUACCUCAUUCUUUACGAUGUUUGGUAUAAGCUUGAGUUUGAAAAUGAUCCUUCAGAUUAUCGUCUUGAUUUUGGAUGUUACGUUUGUCAAAUGUCAACAAGCACAAUACACCACAAUCACCACAAACUAUGGGAAACUGCGUGGAUUAAAAGUGGCAUUGCCCAAUGAGAUCUUGGGCCCCGUGGAGCAAUACCUGGGUGUACCGUAUGCCAUGCCACCUACUGGAGAACGAAGGUUUCAGGCCCCAGAGCCGCCUUCAUCCUGGCCUGGCAUCAGGAACGCCACGCAGUUUGCCCCGGUGUGUCCGCAGUACCUGGAGGACAGACUCCUGCUUAACGACAUGCUGCCCGUCUGGUUUACAGCCAACCUGGACACCAUCGCCACUUACAUACAUGACCAGAGUGAAGACUGUCUGUACCUCAACAUAUACGUCCCAACAGAGGACGAUCUUCAUGAUGAAACGGGCAUGAAGCCGGUCAUGGUCUACAUUCAUGGCGGGUCGUACAUCGAGGGUACGGGAAACAUGAUUGACGGCAGUAUUCUGGCCAGCUAUGGGAAUGUCAUCGUCGUGACUGUUAACUACAGGUUAGGAGUUUUAGGUUUCCUCAGCACUGGCGACCAAGCUGCAAAAGGGAAUUAUGGUCUUCUGGAUCAAAUCCAGGCUCUCCGAUGGGUAAAGGAGAACAUUCAGUCUUUUAAUGGAGAUCCACAGAGAGUGACCAUAUUUGGUUCAGGAGCCGGAGCUUCAUGUGUCAGUUUACUGACGCUUUCACAUUAUUCUGAAGAUCUGUUUCAGAAAGCCAUCAUUCAGAGCGGCACGGCUCUCUCCAGCUGGGCUGUCAACUACCAGCCGGCCAAAUACAGCCGCAUGUUGGCCGAGAAGGUUGGCUGCAACGAAGACGACUCGGUCGAGCUGGUCGAAUGCCUCCAAAAGAAAAACUACAAAGAGCUUAUCGAGCAGAACAUCAUUCCUGCCAAAUACCACAUCGCCUUCGGACCCGUGAUCGAUGGAGACGUCAUUCCGGAUGACCCACAAAUUCUCAUGGAACAAGGAGAAUUCCUGAACUAUGACAUCAUGCUGGGGGUGAACCAGGGCGAAGGUUACAAGUUCGUCGAAGGCGUCUUGGACAGCGAGGAGAGAGUAUCUGCCAGUGACUUUGAGUUUGCGGUUUCAGAAUUUGUGGACCACCUGUACGGUUAUCCAGAAGGAAAGGACACCCUGAGAGAAACCAUCAAGUUCAUGUACACGGAUUGGGCGGACAGGGAAAAUCCUGAGAUGAGGCGGAAAACGUUGGUCGCGCUUUUUACCGAUCACCAGUGGGUGGCGCCGGCCGUUGCUACGGCAGAUCUUCACGCUCAGUACGGAUCGCCCACGUACUUCUAUGCCUUCUAUCAUCAUUGUCAGAGCGAGAUGAAGCCCGCUUGGGCCGACUCGGCACACGGAGAUGAACUUCCGUAUGUUUUUGGAAUUCCGAUGAUCGGUCCCACUGACCUCUUUAACUGUAACUUUUCAAAAAAUGAUGUGAUGUUGAGCGCCGUGGUUAUGACCUAUUGGACAAACUUUGCCAAAACUGGCGAUCCGAAUCAACCAGUUCCCCAAGAUACAAAAUUCAUCCACACUAAACCGAAUCGUUUCGAGGAAGUGGCCUGGUCCAAAUACAACCCUAAAGACCAGCUGUACCUGCACAUCGGCCUGAAGCCUCGUGUUCGCGAUCACUACCGAGCUACAAAGAUUGCCUUUUGGUUGGAGCUGGUGCCACAUUUGCACAACAUCAACGAACUCUUCCGGUACGUUUCAUCCACGACUAAAAUUCCUCCGCAGGACACGACGCCCUUCUCCUACACCAAACGCUUGUCGAACAAACUCUGGCCCUCUACCACCCGUCAUCCCGCCGUUCCGCCGGCCAACACCAAACAGAUGUCCGACCAGCAGAAGACGUCCGAGCACGAGGACGGCACCGUCAUCAUCGAGGCGAGAGAUUACUCCACCGAGCUGAGCGUGACCAUCGCCGUCGGGGCGUCUUUGCUCUUCCUGAACAUUCUGGCGUUCGCCGCGCUGUACUACAAGAAAGACAAACAUCGCCUGGAGUCCAGCCGCCGUCUGAGUCCUCCGAGAAACCUCACCAACGACGUUCCCCGCGUUCCCAGCGAAGAGCUGAUGUCCCUGCAGAAACAGCUGGACCACGAACACGACCACGACUGCGAUUCGUUGCAAGGCCACGACAUGAUCCGUCUGACCUGUCCUCCCGAUUACGCCCUGACGCUGCGUCGUUCGCCCGACGAUAUUCCUCUGAUGACGCCGAACACCAUCACCAUGAUUCCCAGCUCCUUCGCUAGCAUGCAGCCUUCGUAUCACAACCCGUUCAACGCGUUCGGCAACAGCGCGCUGACCGGCGCCGGCCUUCCUCACGGACACUCGACCACCAGAGUAUAACUCAUCGCCGGUUACCCCGCUCUGCGACUGACAGACUAUUUCGAUGAAACGAUGCACCCAGGUGCUGGAAUACAAAUACUGAGGGUGUUAUUUUGCUAUUGACUCUUUUAUGAAGUAACAUUACACUUAUUAACCUGUAUUAUAUGAUCGGUGAAUGUAAUAACUUUUCACUAUUCAUGGUACAGCAGCUAAACACAAGCAUCGUUCAGAAAUAUCAUCCAGUAAAUGAAGAAAUUAUUUGCAACCUGAUUUCCUGAAGACGAUUCGUUCUUUGGACAUUACGUUGGAGGUGUAUUAUCACAAAACCUCCCUUUUAUCUACCAAUGGCCCACCGUCCAGUUUAACAUGGAGUGAUGAAGACGACAGACAUCUUAUGAGAUGAAGAUCAGAUGAUGAGAGAUUUUAAAGAUCCGCUUCAGGAGUCUGGUGUACAGCAGUCCAGUUGUGGCAGUCGCUGGUGUCGUCUCUUUACAUAACUCAGAUCAAGCCCGCAAGAUGUUUUAAGUGUUUGCAUUGUAAUCUGAUUUGCAUUAUUUCUUUAAUGAAUGAGAUGCUAAAACAAGACAGACAGCACAUGCCGUUCAACAAGACUUUCAACAGUUUCUUCUUCAUGAGAGGUCUUUUCCCCGUACAGCUGUGUUAUAUGUGCCAGAACUUUUCCCUCAUGUCUAUAACCAGCAAUAGCAGAAGUAGCAUUGAUUAAAAAGAUGAUCUUUUAUCUACUGUAUGUGCCAUGAACUAAAUGUUAAAUGAGUGUAAACACAGAUGAAAACACACAUUUACAUUUUAAACGAGAGAUCAGGUUGCAAUAUCUGAAGAUUUUGUGCCAUGUGUUUAAGAGGAUUCACUCUCAAAUUUUACAGAAAGGAAUUACACAAAAUGUGUCAUUAUUUACUCCUCCCAAUAUUUUGUGCGCUGUUGUUAUUUUAGUGGAGGACAGAAGUAAUCUUUAUUCAGCUGUUCUUUAAGCUUUAAAACAAAAACAAUGAGAAGCAGCAUUAAUAUCCUUCAUAUGACCCCGUGCACUGUAACCUACAGUUUAUAAAGUCAUGUGAGGAUUAAAGCCCUUCUUCAAUGAUUAUUUUCCCUCUUUUAUUAAAGUCUGACUUACAGUAUAGCACAUGAGCUUAAGAUGAGUAAAUAAUGACAGAUGUAACAGAUAGAUGAACUGGUGUCAAUAAGGGUGAAUGCCUUCAUGUGCCCGUUAUCUUGUUUCUAUGCCUGAUCAGUGUUAUUUUAGUGCAUAAUGUAUAUAUAGCAUAGAAUAAAUUGUAAAAAAAAAAAAAACAUAUACAGCUUAUAGUAUUGCUUUGAAUUAAAUAGAAAUCUUUUUGGAACGUUAUCCUUUACUUGUGUACAGUGCUGAAUGUACGUUUGCCAACUUCACCCAUUCGUUUUUGCUCAUUCCAUUAUUUAUGUGAGUGUGGAAAAACCUAUAGAAAUAGUUACUAUGGAUCCAUAUGCUGUUUAUUCCUCUUUAAAGGUGUAUAAGAUGCUCAUUUCUAAGCCGUUCAUAUGUAAAUUAUCCUUUGCUAAGCCCCGCCUCCCUCUGCAUCCAGCCAUUAGUGUGAAUUUUGGGGCGGGAUUCCCGUUUGACUGAUGACAGGUUGGGAAAGUUUUUGAAAAUGGUCUUUAAUUUCACACUUUCUCUGGGUGAUGCUAGUUGGACAGAAAUUGUGAGUCUGCCUGUGAAAACUCAGCUAAAGCUGUGGCGUUGUGAUAAGGGGGGCCUUUGGAGGCUUAAGCCCCCCUUAUGUUUUCUCAAAAGUCUCUGAUCUUUUGAGGAUUGACAACGUUUAUUUUACAGAUUCAACGAUUUUAUUAAUUUUACUUCUAAUUUGUUUCACAAAUUCUGUCUGUUUGCGGUAGAUCAUAAUGAUUUAUUUCAUUAAAACUAGCUGUGAUGCUGUCGUAUAUGUCAAGUGUUAAAGGGGACAUAUCAUAAAAAUCUGACUUUAAUCCAUGUUUAAGUGCUAUAAUUGGGUACCCAGCGCUUCUAUCAAAUGAGCUGCCAUUUAGUGGCAGCUCAUUUGCAUUUAAAACGGCACAUUUUUGACAUGCUAUAAUAAAUGAUCUGCGGGGUAUUUUGAGCUAAAACUUCACAUACUCUGAUGACACCAAAGACAUCUUAAAAGUGUCUUGUGAAAUGUCGCCUUUAAACAGUAGAGUAUCUGUUCUGGCCUGCAUGUGGCACUGUUGACAACACACAGUCAGUCAUUAAACAUCGUCUUCCAUCAGGUCAAAAUUAAACAACUGUUUUACCAAAUUAACAACUUAUUUCUUAAUUCUUAAUAACACAAAUUGUAAAAAUGCUAUAACUUUGAUCAGUAAAAUGAAGGAAGACCUUUGAGAAAUAUAAAUGCACUUAUUUUAUAUUUAAAGUAAUGCUGUUGAAACAUUUUUUAAGGUUAAAAUAGUCAGCCAGGCAACAGAAUAUAGAGAAAAUGAAAAUGAGAAAUAUCAGGAUUAAAGUAGUAUUAAUGCAAAAAAAGAAGAGACAGAAAGUAAGGAUUGAUCAAGAGAAAAUGACAACCACCACGAUGACAGACAGACCAAAGAUAAAUACAGGCAACUAAAGCACUGUAAACAGUUUUUUUCAUGCUUUUUAGCUUUAUUUUCACAUUACAAUUAAUAUCAUCAUAAAAAAUAUUUGCUGUGUUUGUGGGGAUUAAGCCCCCCAUUCCAUCUGAGCCCAGCAACGCCCCGAGAUAAAAUCUUUUUUUAUGAAUUUCUAUGUUUUCUAAAAUAUAAACUAAACUCAUCCUACAUAAUAUAAAAAAUAUAAUCUUUAAUAUUGGCUGAUCAUGUCAAAGAUUGAAAUGAAAGUGAAUGAUUGAAAUCAAACUUUGAUGCUUGUAAUUUCAGAAUUAGAUAUUGAGACUUUAGCCUGCAUGGUUUUCACAGACAGGAUCACAAUAACACAACUUCAUCUUUAAAUAUUCACAAUAUUCUUCAUUUAUAUCCUCAUAUGGAAACCCAAUAUAUAUGGGUUACGGGUGAACAGCUUUAUGAUUAUAAAUAAUAAAUCCAGCUUUCUUUAUAUUAUAGCUAAAGUGGAAACUCUUGAAUGAUUUUGUCUUUAAUGACUCUUGCUUGUCUUUUGUCUUCAGGGCAGAGCCUCAGUCUGGUUGAUGAGUUUUUACGUUUGGAUUUCUAUCUGAAUUCAUAAAAUUUCAGAUCGGAAUAAUCCACAGACGAGUCAGGUCCGUUCCUUUAGAGUCACCAGGCAGAUUUGCAACCCAUUUGAGCAAAAGGUUUAGCGACAUGAAGGUCACAGGUUUCAUUUCAAGGUAACACACAUUCUUAUAUCUGAACCCUGAACGCAAACAUCUGCCAAAUAAGUUAAUGUAAAUGUUAAUAAUACAGUUUGCUGUGUCUAUAUACUAUAGUGUUUCUAUAAUUCAUCUGCAGAAAGAUUUAUUAAGGCUAAAGAGUUUUAAAGGGAAAGAGAUUUGUUUAUUGUUUGCUGUGUCUUUUUUUGUAAGUUGUUUUUCACAUUCUCAUUUUAGGAUCAUUUGAUUUACAUGUUGUUUUGUUUUUCAAGUAUUUCACAAUAUUAAAAAUGUGUCCAUCAUCUUUUGCACAGAAACAUUUUAUUGAAAAACGUCAACCCUCUAAUUGAAAAGGUCAUUGCAGAAAUGUAAAUAGUUCAAAAUCUUUCUGUUUCUGUUUCAUCUGCUCAUUUACUGUGUGAUAAAACAGCAUCUGUGAAUGUUCAGUUUGUUUUGCCUCAUUGAAAGACGCUGAUGGAUGUAAGAGAAAUUUUGCUGCUUUUUCUAAGAAGAAAAUAAAGUUAGAUUUUACUGACUUGUA